GCAAUUCCCAACAGCAACAGCAACAGCAAUCAGAUCCCUUCUCUUCCGACUUUGGAAGUACGUCAUCAUCAUCCACUGCUUCGGCAUCAGCAUCCUCAUCCAUCUGCUCUCCUCAUCCUCGAUAUACGUCCCUCGACGGCCUUUGCGAGCAGUCGCAUCGCAGGUAGCGUCAACGUCUGUGCCCCUUCGACACUGCUGAGGCGCCCAGGCGUGACCGUCGACCGAAUCGAGAGCGAGAUGCUGCAAAGCGAUGCAGAUCGGGCAAAGUUCACGCGGUGGAGGAAAGGUCCGAUGAAAGGGGGCAACGAUGGUGGGAGAGAUCAGCGUACUUCAUCCUCGGGCGCAUCCGAUGGCAUCAAGCGCAUCGUUGUGCUCGACUCUGAUACUAGCACCAUUGACGCUCUGGGUCGACCCUCGGUCGGCGGUGGAGGUCCCUGCCUGCUAGGCAUGCUAAAGAAAUUCGACGCUGCUGGGUUUGCUGGGGAGCUCUUUUGGCUUAUUGGAGGAUAUGCUGAGUUCUCGUCAUUCGCGGGCCAGCAUGAUCCGGACAACAAGAAGAAGUUGCUCGACGAAGAUCGGACCACUACAUCGGGCGCUCCCAGCAGACGUCGUCACCAGUCGAUGCUCCUGUCCGCUAGCGACUCCAACUUGUUCAAUCUGAACGGCAAGUCUGCUGCGGGGGCCAGAUCCUCUGCCGCAUGCAAUCCCUUCUUUGACAACAUCCGACAGAACCGCGAGCUGCAGCAUGGUAUCACUGAGAAGAUCCCACUUGAUCUGCAAUUCCUCACCGAGUCGCAGAAGCAGAACAGCUUGCCGCCAUUCUUGCAAGAAAUUGCGUUCAAGGAUGAAAAGACGGUGGCUGAUCAGCUCGCUCACGACUUCUUCGACAUUGAAAAGGCUGAGCAGACGAGGUUGAUGGCAACUAUGCGGCAGCACGCUGCCGAGAGCAGCAUGGAUCCACGUCAGAAUGAAAGACCUGGCACUGCCGGUGGCGAGAUCUCAACGACGGAGGAAACUUCCACUUCGGCAGCAGAUGGGACGUCAGCUACUCAGCUGUCGUCUGCUUACUCCAGAGUGGAAGGUGUCGACUCGACUAGCUCGCCCUCAGCGUCAUCCUUCCCCUUCUCCAUUGCAGCAGCGAUCGAGCGAGGAAGCGAGAACAGGUACAAUAACAUUUGGACAUACGAGCACUCCCGUGUGCCGGUAUCGGCCCAAGGUGCCUGUGGCGAGGACAAGUCUGGGUGUUCGGUGUCGUCCUAUCUCAAUGGUUCAUAUGUUCAGCCAUUGAGGGAGUUCGGAGCUCACAGGAGCUACAUCGCCACCCAGGCGCCACUGCCAACGACGUUCGAGACGUUCUGGAAUGCAGUAUGGCAGCAAAACUCUCGCACGAUUGCUAUGCUCACUCGGGAGUAUGAGAGUGGACGAGUGCAGAGUCACAACUACUGGAGCGAAGAAUCGUAUGGUACGACGGUGAAGCUGAAGACGAUUGAGGAGGUGGAGCUGAACAGCAAGGGCGAGACCGCCGAGGAGAAGGAUCCCAACGAACCUGUCAUGGUGCGACGAAAGCUGCUCCUCUCCAUUGUUGACUCAGACGAAGCACCCAAGGAGGUAACGCACUUGCAGUACAUUGGCUGGCCAGACUAUUCGAUCCCAGAGGAUCCAGAAGCCGUCUUGGUCUUCAUGGACCUGGGCAAGCACAGAGACAACAAGACCAGCGCCACCGGCCCGUUGGUCCUGCACUGCUCUGCAGGCGUGGGCCGAACAGGUACCUACGUCGUCAUCGACUCCGUCCUGGACGUAUUGCGAAAAGAGAGGAGAAAGUCUAUGGCCUCAGAGACGCCUUCGGCUUCGGCUACUGCUUCAGCUUCAAUGGCCUCCAUAGGCGAAAAGGACCUCAUCCGACAUGCGACGCACGUGGCGCGCGAGCAGCGUAUGAGCUCUGUACAGACGCAGAGACAGUACGUCUUUUGCUACCUCGCCGUCGUCAAAGGUGUACUGAGGGAGGUACAGCGCGAGCGCUACCGCUACCGCUACCGUGACGGGGAGGGUGAAAAGGAGGAAGAGGGAGAAGGAGGGAGAGGAGAGGAAGGUCAGAGAGGACGACAGGCUAUUGCGGGAGGCGGAGGUGGAGCGGGGCCAGGGGGCGCUUCGCCUUUCUUCUCGUGA